GGAAAGGUGUUGAGUGUUAAGAGCCGGGCAGACAGAUGCACUCAUAGUUUUAAUACACUCUGGAUUAAAGAAAGCUCUCCUAUCAUAGUCUGGUUGCUCGAUUCAUAUCAAAGAUCACCACGAAACCGAAAAAAUGAGUAAUUUCAACCCAGGUCUUCUUGCAGCUUACAACAGUUUAACAGACAAACAUCUGACUGGAUACUUCAACAAUGCAAAAAUACGAAGACAUCUUCAAAAAGUCGGGCUGAUCACCCAGAGUGGACAGAUUGUUCCGGAUAAGGAGUACAAGCACAAGUUGAUCCAAAGAGCGCAUCAGAGACAUGUGAGAGAGUGUCUGGCUCAGGCCAUCUUCCACAAGGUGCUAGACAUGGAGCGCCUUCAUCAAACCGAGAUCAAGAGAAAACUUGAAGAAUUUGCACGGAAGGAACGAAUCCACAAAAAGAAGGUUGAGCGCUCCAAGAGAUAUGAUGAUGAACCAUUGCUAAUGCUGUCGCCUCGGCCACCCACGGGGCCAAAGAUCUCACCCGCACGCCAUUCUGGACCGGAGGGAGAGAAUUCUGAGUCAACGGAAUCUCCGGGUUCCUCCAGGCCCAAUACAGCUCCAGGGAAGAUGCAGAGGCCCGUUCGACUCAAGCCUCUGAACAGCAACAGUGCCACAGCCUCUCAGAAAAGAACCUUCCCUGGAUACAGACACCAGGACCGGGACUCUUCCAACGACACCGAUCAGCCCCUCAGUUAUACGCUGGACAGAGACACCAAGAGACGUUUGACCAUAACAGACUUCUCUAGUACUGUCUUGCCCUAUCAUCUCCCUGUCAUUAACAACUAUCUGACCCCUGUGCCGCCCCUCACAAAGAAGAAAGAAAGAGGGCCAAAACCGAAUGGUACACUUAGGGGUCGAAAGUUAAGACCUACUACGGCGCCAACAGCAUCUACAGAGCCAUCCACUCUCCAGAGGACGUCUGCCCAGAGUAAAGUGUCUGUAAGAAUUAUGUACUUUGGAAAGAGUGUCCACCUGUCCCAUGAUCUAAUGGACCUCAGAGAUGAGGUGAAGGUCUUCCAGCAGCAUUGUGGAGGAGAGAACCUCUGUGUCUACAAAGGGAAGCUAAAAGAGGGAGAAAUUUUACAGUUUGUGUCAAGACGUCACCUAGGAUUUCCCUUCAGCCUUACUUUCUUCCUGAAUGGCCUGCAAGUUGACCGGCUCAGCUCCUGCUGUGAGUUCAAACACAGGAAAGGCGCUCGACUCGGGGGCCGACAUGGACACUUUGGAUUUUGUGGUGUGGAGGGAGCCUCUCCUUGCUACAAGUGUAUUAUUGCCAUGGGCUUGGACAAGAAACCCACCCCUCCUCCUAAAAGAGUUAAAGAGGAGCUGCCCACCUCUAAAUCUCCUAAUGCUAAAGAGGCUACAGAUGAAGAUGAGCACAUAGACACACAUUCUAAUGUGGAACCUGAUGCACCUGAGGAAAUGGAGACAGAGCCCAAUGGAGAAAUAGCUGGACAAAAAAAGUCCAGAGAUGAGUAUGAGGAAGACUUUGAGGCAGAUGAUGAAGGACAAGUUGAAGAUGGUGAUGAAGUUGAGGAAAAGCCAUCUUCUGCUGUCAGUGAUGGAGAAAAAGAACGAGAGACCAGGGAUGAAAAUGAAAAUGAUGUAAAUGAAAAGCACAUUGAGUCCGACAGUGAAGCUGAGGAUGCCAAUAUGUCUAGUGAAUACUUAAAAGAGGUCAGAAGGUCAUCAUCUGUCUCAUCUGGUCAAACGUCCAGCUUAUCUAGCAGUGACAAUGAAAACAGUGAGAGAGAAAUUGAGGAGGAGACCAAAAAAGUAACUUCUGCUAAUGUUCCAGAGGAGCACAUACACGCUGAUCCAGAGGAAGUCCUCCCCACAGCACAGACCACAGCUGAGACCAAAAUGGAGAUGACAGACAUCACAGAGUCCAGCUCUGUUACACUGCCUCAGGCUGCUGAGGAAGACUCUGGGACACAGGAUGGUCAAGGGGACGGCAUGGAGAAGAGCGACCUGGAAAUGUCAGAAGAUACAGAGAAGACAGAGGGAACUGAAGGUGAGGAGGCUGGGGAGGAAGCCAAACCUGAAGAUAAGCCACAAGAGACUGAACCGGAGAGAGCCAAAUCAAUGCAGGGGAAGUUGACUGAAGCAAUUUUGAAGGAAUCUCAGUGUAGUUCAGAGCCAGAGCUUAGUGAUACAUGCACAGAAGAGGAUGAAGGGGCCUCAGUGAAGACCCAAAAAGACAGCCAAGGAGCUGAAACCAAGAGUGCAGUUGGUUUCACUUCACCGCAACUGUUAAACACAAAUGAAGAUAUUUCAAAGGAGACUGAAGUCAACACACAGGAAGCUGCAUGCGAGGAAACUGCCCAUGGUGAUGUCAAGACAGGGCAGCCUGCAGAAGAGACAAACAGACAGGAGCCUUAUGACCAAAAAGAGGAGGAAAGAGAAGAAAUCGAGGAAAAUCAGGAGACGAAAGCAAGUUUAGACAUGGAGGAAAAGCAGGAGGAAGAGCAAAGUGAGAAGACAAAUGAGGUUGGAGGACAAGAAGAUAAAGAGGAAGUACAGACUGAGAGUGAGGGUGCUAGCCAGGACAUACAGGAGGAAACAAAAGAUGAAGACAACGCUAAUGAGGCUGCAGAGUUCAAUACAGAGUCUAAAGAUGAAGACAUGUCCAAAUCAAAAGAACCAGAGACACAUACUGAAACGCUAGACUCUGGAAAUACAGACAAUAAAGACAUUACAUUGAUGGGGAAUGAUGUUCCAGAGACAGACAAAGAGUCUGCAAUUGAGAAAGAGGGUUCAGUAUUGCACACUGAGAAUGAUACAGAAACAGGUGCAGGUGACACUGAAAGACAGAGAGACGCUGAUGACGCACAUCAGAACAUAGAGAGGAGGAGCGAUGGACAGCCAGACAGAGAUGAAAGAGACCAAGCAGAUGAGGCUGGUGAUGACAGGUCAUCUGGGGAAAAGGUCCAGGAAACAGAUGGCAAGGUGGAUGUUGAGGAGUUGUUUAGUCAGGCGGAAAAUGGAGAGAAAUCUAGUGAAGUAGAAGAUAAGACAAAGGAUGGGUUAGAGAAAGUGGAGGAAAACAAGGUGGAAGUGGAUGAAGUUGUAGAAAAUCUAGAGGGUGAGGUUAAACAUGAAGAUCCAGGGACAGAGGAAGCAAGGAAAGCAAUGAAUGGAGAGAUCCAAGCUGGUGAGAAAGAAAAUGAUUUAGAGGGUGGUGAUGAUUCAAAGACAGAUGAUGAAGAAAAAAAAGACAGUGCAGAGAGAGACGAGGAUGAUGUGAAUGUUGGACAGGAAGCAAGAGAAGAUGAAGGGCAGUUUGGUUAUUCUGGAGAUACAGAAAAUGUAUUAGAGGAUGGUAAAGAUUUGAAUGUAGAAAAUACAGAGAAAAAGGGUGAUGCGGAGAGAGAGGAAGAUGGUGAGAAUGAUCAACAGAAAGAUGUGGAACAGGUUAGAGACAACCUUAGUGUAGUGCCCGAAGAAGAAAUUGAAGAGAAUAAACAGAAUGAUGAGGAUGAGAUUGUGGGAGAAAAAACUGAGAAAGUGAAAGACAAGGAGACAGAAGAUGGGAACAAGGAAGAGGAAAUAGAGGCUGAAGUAGAGAAUGUAAAAGGGAAUGCGAUGGUAGAAGUAGAUGAGAGCUCUGCAGUGAAUGAGGCAAAAGACACUGGGCAAGAAAAUGAGUUCGAAACAGGUGAAAUGUUGGUUGAAGACUUGAAAUGUGAGGGAGAUGAGGCAGAGAAAAAGGUGGCAUAUAGAUAUAAGAUUACUGAUAAUCCAAAGAAGGAGAAGGAGGGAGAUGAGGAGGCCAUUUCAGGUGAAAAUUUAGCACAGAAACCAGAUUACGACUUGACUGAGGACCAAAAUACGGAAUCGGUUUCACAGGAAGAACAAAUGGAAUUAGGUUCCAGUGGGGUGAAAAAAGAUGACAUGGAGCCUAGUAUGAAAGAGAAGGAGGGUGAACAUCUUACUGCUGAGGUGAAUAAUGACCUACUGGCAAGUAACAUAGAUGCUGAAAAUGGAGAGCCAAGGAAUGCAAGUCCUGAGGAGUUCAGAAAGGUGGAGGAACAUCUCCAAGAUGAGGAAACUCAAAAAUCAGAGCCAGAGACUGAUAAAGAAAUACCAGAGGAGGAAAAGGAUGAUGAAAAAGAGCAGGAGAAAGAAAACAGUGAUAUGACUGAUGUUGAAGCUGUUCCUUCAGAGAGAGACUCUCAGUUGGGUGCUGAACAAAAAUCAGACAAAGGGGAUGAUAAAUCUAUGUCAGAAAAGGCUGAAAAAGAAUCGGAAAUCUCUGCAACAACAUUCAUUGAAAAUGUUGCCCCUGAGGAAACAUUAGACUUGCACGACAUACAGAAGGUGGCCAAUAAGUAUGCAGAUAGUGAUAUUUUUGCCUCAGAAGAAGCCGAGGUCUCUGCAGAUGAACCAAAUUAUAUAGAGUCAGAACCAAAAAGCACCAACAAUGAACUGAAAAGCAGAGAUGCUUCAGAAGGAAAGGACAAAAAACUAGAGGAACCUUCAGGAAAGAAAAGGAAUUCUCUCAGUGAAAAAGAGGGAGGCUCAUCUAUUUCCCAUUCGGUGGAAUUACAGCCUGUGGAGAAAGUGUUGGCACUUAAAAAAGAAGAGAAGGAUCCAGUUAUGAGCGUGGAUUCAGAAGAUCUGGACAUUCGUCCAGCAGCUUUAGCUAAAGGAGAUGGUGUGGACCUAGUGAGCAACUGGAUUAAUAUACAUCAAGCAUCCAAGUACUUUGAGACAUUCAUCAAGCCUCUUGAUGACAUAAAAGAGGGGCUUAUCUUGGACGAAACAGAGAAGAGUUCAAACGGUGAAGCAUUAGAUGCUACAGAUACAGCACCAAGUACUUAUUUUGGGAGCCUCGAAGAAACAUCGAAGAGUGGAGAUGAUAUUGAAACUCCACUAAGGAACGAACUCAAUGAGAACACAGAGCCUUAUACUCUUGUCAAAAGAUUCAAAGCUGAGGUUUUAGAAGCAGAUGCUCAGAGCAAUCACUCCAAAGACAGUAUACAUGGCUCAGCCAAAGAUGAAGGGGUCAAGGAGGGAGGAACUAUAAGAGGUUCUUUGGUAACUACAUUGUCAAGUAAUGAUGAUGACACUAAUCAAAAAGAGAUGGUCAGACAAGGAGCUGCUUCGACAAAUAAUGUCGGAAACCUGGUAACAUCAGCAGAUACAACAAACAACAUUCAAGACGGAGACCCCUCAGAAACUGAACAACAGGAUCUUUCUAGAAAUUCAGAAGGGUCAGAGCAAAAUAAGCAAGAUGAAAUCACAUAUUUGUCCUCUAUUUCCCAAACCGAGGAAGCAGCAGAGACCAUGGAGAGUUCCGAACAUAAUUUGAAAUCUGAACAUGUACCUCAGUUGGAGUAUAUUGAGCCACAGAGUCCAACAAUCACAGUAAUUACAGAUCACACAGUUGUCAAUAAAUGUGAAAACGGGAGCCAAGAUGACACAGCAAGUGUAGACUUACAUUCCAAACAGUCCGAUGGAAGUAGGAAUGCAGAUGGAAACAGGAGAACUAAAGUAAUCGAUAGCCAUUUCAAACAGACUCUCAGCAGAGACUCUUUAAGCACUUUCUCAUUGGAUGACUCCAAGUUAUUUGGGCCUACGGGAUAUCCAAGAUUAACCACUGCUCACACAGACAACAGUUAUUAGUAUGUAGACAAUACUCACAGGUACUUCAUCAGUGCAUAUUACUGAUGGAAUCACUUUUGUGAGACUGAACUGUUCCAACCUUGUUUUGGCUUCCCAAGCUCAGAAUACAGUAGCACUUCAUGUGUAGA